ACUAAAAUUUGAAAAGCAAAAUGUUUUAUAACGUAGAUUUAUAUUUUGAGGAUAGUUAUAAUGUUGAACCGCGAGCUAACCUUCUUCGUCAGCGGCGUUUUAUUAGAGAUUACUCUAAUCCUAUGGAGCUGCCGUCCACAGUAUUUACAGCGAAUUUUCGGCUAAGCAAGGACGCUUUUAUGUAUGUGCUGGACAAAAUCAAGGACAAAUUUAAUUGCCGCCUGUCCUCGUCUGUAACGCCAAUGCUAAAAUUGUGUUGCGCACUGAGAUUUUUUGCGCAUGACAGUUAUCAGCAAGCUGUAGGAAAUGAAUUUCAAUUGGGUCUUGCGCAACCUACAGUUUCGCUCAUUUUAAAGGAGGUAUUGCCCAUUUUAGAAAGAGAAAUUUGCAGUGCUUCGAUAAUCACAGAAGUGACAGAAGAAGAGAAGCAACAGGCAAGGAGCAAAUUUUUCUCCAGAUGAGGAAUACCCAACGUAA